UAUUAUUUUUUGUUUUGCUAUAAAUGCAUUUAAGGCCUUCUUUAUCAAACAUUAAAAUAAAUUCCAAUGUAAAGAAUACCUCAACUGAAUGAGCGUCAUAUUGUACGUAAUGGAGUCGAUGUUCUGUUGAACAUAGUUUUUCUUACUAAAAAUAUUGUUUUUUCAAGAAAAAUCACAUAAAUGUUUGUGUUCAUGUGCAAUAUUGGAUUACAGUGAAUGAUAUACAACAAUUUAUGGAUUCCACCGACAGAAUUAUCAACUCCAACAACCUCACCCGCCUGUCAAUGUCUGGCGAUUGGUGCGGUUCGAAUAUAAAUCUUAUUUGCGGACGUGAUUGAUAAAGCCAGGCCUGUCGACGGGUUCAUGGUUUUGCGAGGGCACUUGGAUUGCGAAUCGCAAUCAAAUGAAGGUAUGGCUUCCGAUCAGCCCGUUAAGAAGAAGCAGCGUAUAGACGCUCCCGACAUCGACGAUGGGAGCGACAGAUCAGCUGAGGAGAUCACUGAUAUAUUCGACUCUGAAACCUCUCCAGCAGAGCCAUCAGACGACUUCCCUCGAAAUGGUGAGUCUCCCGACAGCGGAACAGUUAGCGAAGACGCCGUGGACUGCUCAACCAUCCUUCGGCUGCCUAAUGAAGAAAUAAUACCAUCUUGUUCAAGCACAACCCAGCAAUGGACAGUUGCGGAUGACAAACUGCUUGCAGAGCUAAGAAUUCUACAGGAAAACCUUGUCGGUCAGUGUCUUUGCACAGUAGAGGAAUAUAAAGUCUCACAAAUGUUUGAUAGACGGCUAAACAUUGUAUCAUGGCCAUUAACAUGCUCAUUGACUUAUUUAUCUACUAUGCAGCUAAUGUUUGACAUAUAUUUAAAACAAAAUAAUACUGGUACAAUAUGUUCAAAGUUAAUGCAAGCCUGUGACAUGCUGGUGAGGAACAGGCAUGAUUGGAUUACAGAAGUUGUAGAACUUGCUGACCAUAAAAGCAAAUUCAUCACAUUUGUGGCCAGUAGAGUGUUAGCAAGCUUUCUCAUAGUCGCUAAAGACACUGUAGAUGAAAACUGGCUACAACAAAUUGCAGAAAACAUCUACCUUUUUGAUAGAAUUAAUAGAAUAACAGUACAAAAGAUUAACUUUAGUCUUGAUAUUAUUAAAAGGAUAGUUGAAUGGAAAGAUGUAGAACAACAUCCAUUAGAAGAUAGCAAUUACAUCAACUCGGUGGGCAACAUGCAUGUCCAGGAAGACAAUCCGUUCAGGAGUAGUGUUGGUUACAGUAGUACAAGUCAGAUGCCAUCCAGCUCCCAUGGAGACAAUUUGCAUAAUGAGUUUUCAAAUCUUCAAACGCAUAGUGCUCCCUCAACAUCCUCAGGAGACAAGCCUGUUGAAACCAAACCAGUUACAUUCAAACUUCAUGAGCCAGUGCUAAAGUUUCCUAUGGACCAGCAAGUUAGUGGGAUAGAUCAGCCGGAAUCCCCUGAGCCACCAGUGUCCAGAAUGGAACGGGUCAAUGAGAAUGGUUGUGUAACAGUGAUCUUAACAGAUUCAGAGUCAUUUGACACUUCACACAUCAAAUGCUUGACUAUAAAGACGCUAGAGCAGCACUGGCCUGUCCUAGUUAAGAACAUGAAGCUCCUACUCCUCCGGUACCUGAAUUUAGCAAAUGCUGAAAACUGUAUAUUAACAUUUUUCUCACUAUGGGAAAAUAUUAUUAGUGUGAAAGCAAACCUCUCAGUGAUAGACACUAAGCCAUUUUAUGCAGAUUUGCAGGGUUUUGUAGACUUGUUAAGGAACACGAUUCUCCCAAGCAUGGUGUACACGCAUUUAUUAAGUUUGUUUAACGAAGUUUUAUGCUAUGGUUCCACAUUGGCGCUACAAGAUAUUUUGCCUGAAGAGAUAUGUUGUUUGGCUCACUCUAUUGUCAGAUUCGUGAAAGACUUCAGGCUUCUCAAUGAUGUAAGAGUCCGGAACAGUAGAAGCGGUUUUGGCUUCCUAGGUAAUGAAUGCACUGUUCUCAGGGACUACUCUCUAGGUACCACAGUUACGCCACUUUCAACAUCUAUACAACUGGUAGAUCAAAGCUAUGGAGAUGAUGAUAAUGAUGAUUCCAAUCAGUCUAACACUGAAGUAGACAAAACUAUGUUACAAAGAAUGUCCCUCUUAGUCCUGAAAUCUAUAGCAGUAACAGUUAAAGAGAUGAGAUGCGAUUCCUCAGACAGUUCUAUUGAUUCUUCUGAUUACAACGCAAUACAGGACAUGCAAAUAGUAGAACGAUCUAUACGCGAUGUCUUGAAAAAACUCGAUGUUUUCAUUAGAAACACUAUGGAAUUCCACCCAGAGACUCCUUUCACUAAAAUGCUGAUACAUUUAUUUAGUGAACAGGAUGACUAUCUAAUUGAAUCCAUGGUGUGCACUUUGGAUAUAACAGUCGGUAUUGUGUAUAGGAACUCUGUGUAUCCUGAUUUAAUACCUAUGCUGAAUCCUAUAGCUUCCUUCAUAGAGUUCUUGAAAGUAGUUUCGCAUGAUAGUGAUGUGUUACUAGACUAUUUGGUGAGCAAUGAGACUUGUUUCUUGCUAUAUUUGCUUCGGUUCCUCAAGUAUGUGAGGCGUAACUGGCCGAAGUUUAUAGAAACAUGUCAGCACACUGACUCCGCUGGGAGCAGAGGCCUGGAUGACACUAUGCGGGUAUUAAUACGGCUUAGAUUGCAGAUCAGUAGGCUGGUAUCACGAUCUUUGUUCCCGUAUAAUAUCAGCCCAGUAUUGAGACUGUUGGAGGUAUGUGAGAGUCUUUAUGAAGGCAAUGAAUUGAGUUGAAAAUUCAUGAAUAACUUGAUGUGCUGUAGAUUGAAUAUGGUUAGGUUGACUGAGGGAUACUGAUGUCUAUUUCUGACUGUACACUUAGCCCUAUUUGCCCAAUUAUUUGCAUAUCCAUAUGCUACAAGGGCAUUAGAACUUGGUUCCAACUAUAUUUGUAUGAAAUGGAAAGUGAAAAAAGCUACCUAUAGAAAUAAAGGCAAUAAAACAUAUUAUUGAAAUAAUACAAAGACUGCAAUCCCGAAAUAAUCAUUCCAAAAUGUCUUACUUGUUAUUGUGUUAGAUUUAAUAUUGUCUAAGUUAAUUUAUAUCAACUGUAAUUUAUGUAGUUAUUCUUUUAGUUUAGGUAACAUAUUGCUUGUAUGUCUAUUUUUAUUAUCAGAAGUCUUCCUUUAAUAUGGGCCAAUGUUUUUCACUAAAUUGUCAAUGUUUUUAACAAAUUAUGAAUUGUAGAAGGUGGCUUUAUAAAAUAAAAAACCAUUAAACCUUAUUAAAACAAUUCAAAUUAUCUUGAUUUUUACCGUGUGUACUGUAACGAAAAGUACCUAUACUCUAUAAAACUUUUUUUGUAAAAAAAAUGUGUUGCGGCUGGUCCACCUUGUCAAAGAUUUUGGAGUGAAAAACAUGUAAACCGCUCAAUUAUGUGCCUUAACGUAAUAUUAUUAAAGGUGCUUUUAAUCUAAUUUGAAAGAUCGUGUUUUUGCACAUAAUACAUAAAGUAUACAACAAAUGCAUUUUUAUUUGCAUAGUAAUUUUAACCGUAAAUAAAAUAUAUUCGUGUAAUUUAAGCUACAUUAUAGAUUUGAAAAUAAUGAUAUACAUAAACGGUUGUAUUAUAUAAGUUAGUUAGUUGUAUGUUUGCAUAGAACAAUGCGGGUGUAUAUAACCUUUUACUAAAUUAUAUUUCAUGCCACAAUGUUGUAAAUAUGUCGCCAUCAUUUACCAUAAUAUUAGUAUCUGUAAUAUCAGUAUUAAAGCAAUGCCCUAAUUUAUUAUUUAAGGUGUGGUUUAAGUUGGCAAACUGGAGUAAAAGAGUAAUUGAAAGUAUCAAAUAUAAUAUACACCAUGAAUUUAAACUCGACAGAUUUUAAAGGUGUAUUCUUGACCGCAUUUAGACUAAAAUGUCAUACAAAGUUUCCUAAAAUCGAUCUUGUUUUAGAGAUAAUGACAAUGUUUGUGAAAAUAAAACACUAUUUUUUGCAAAUUUGGCCAAAACUCAUAUAAUUUUUUUUUGCUCCUUAUGACCUCAGGAAUGCGUGGUUAAAAUCUGUCGGGUUUAAUUGACCCACGGUCUACAAUCUUGAAGUUUUGAACAUUGUGUGUGCAUGGCAACUACAAUCCAUUUUUUAAUAAUACUCGUAAAGUAACGACGCUAAGCACAAAGAAUACCUUACAUUGACCCGCCAUUUCGUAUCCCUGUCGCACGCGAAUAACAAUAUUGCUGUCUUGCUUGCACAGUGGCAUUGACCGCCGGCAUCUAAGGCGGGAUAGCGAUAUAAUUAUCGCACGUGCGAUAGAGAUAGAAAAUGGCGGGUCGAUGUACAGUCAGCGUCAAAUAUUUUGUAGCAGUCAAGGUGGCCAAAUAGUUCGGUACACCAUACUAAAAUAUAUGGUGUACCGAACUAUUUGGCUACUUUGGUUGCUACGAAGUAUUUGACGCUGACUGUACUGAAUUAUUCCUGCUUAGCUUCCUUAGUUUAGUGAGCAAACCGAGUUGCAGCAUAUUCUGUAUCUUUAGGUAUUUAAAUAAAAGUAAACAAACAAUUUGUAAAAUUUCGGUUAGUUAUAACAUUUAUUGGUUAACCAACCAAAUUUUUUUUUGUUUUAAUUUAUUUGGAGCAUUGGCGACACGGCCAUGUUAACCAACCAAAUACAAAACCGCCUGGAUCUGUCACUGAACGACCUGAUUUCAACCUACAUUAUUUAAACAUGUAAUGUUCUCAUCUACCCUCAACUGGCCUAAGGAGCCAUUUGAGGGUAGAUUUCGUUUACUUUUUUUAAAUACCUAAAGAUACAGAGUUAUAGAUAAGGUAAACGUGCCAAUGUUUGUCUGUAUUAAUACUAUUAAUAUAGUUUACACGUCAACUAUUGCUGCAGUGCCAAGUAAAAUUUUAAUAUUUUUUUGCUUUUUUGUGCACCUUUAAUUUACUUCUGCUUGCCAUCUUACAUUACAUCAUGAUUUCGACUACGGGAUUUUUUUUAUUUAGAAUAUAGUUGUAGCUUUUAAGAGUUAGGGAACAACAUACAGACUGGUUUUAUAUAUAUCUAAGCGUUUACAAACAAGAUCUAAAAUCAUGAAAAACUUGUAUUUUUCAGAAAUAUGGCUUUUAGGUAUGCUUAGAAUCUCAAAUCAUAUUUAUUUUUCAUCACACUUGCUCGAAAAAGUUCUUAUUUCAUGCAGGUGUACUGAAGAACAAAGGCCUAUUUUGUUCCCGCGGGAGUUAUGGAUUAUGAAAAAAAAGCUAUUUUUUUUUAGAUUAUGUCACUUUUAUAUACAAACCAAGUAGCAUAAAUUUGUUUUACUAUUAAAAUACUGACGUUUAUAAUUUAAUAUUUUUGUUUGUUUUAAAUUAAAUAAUUCGAUUAAUUUAACAGGCGUUUAAAAUAUUUUUACAUUAUUAUUAUUAAUCGUGGCUGAAUGCCGGAUAGGUCUGUGCCCUCGAUGCUAACCUGUCAAGAAAUUACAAAAUGGCGGACGAAUGUUUGAUAUGUCACCGUAUUUAAGAAUUAUUUCGUUUAAAUUUUAGUUUUUUCUUCGCAAGUGUGAUGAAAAACAUUGUGUGUAACUCCGGGGGUUAGAAUAUUGCAAACUCGGGUCUUUAAUUCCCUCCAGCCUGCGGCUGUCGGGAAUAACCACCCUCGUAUCCAAAUUUUCACUUACCCCCCUCGUUGCAAAUCAUGUGUUGUAAAACGAAUAUUACGCUUUGGAUUUUCUGUAACCCCCUCAUGAAUGACAGAUCUUGCCAAUAAUGUCCUAAAAUCUGUCAAACUACCCUCAUAAAAUAUUUUUGGGUUUGUAUUUUGUAAUUUCAUUUUGAGAAAUUCUAAAUUUCGUAUCGAACUAAGUUAUUCCAUAAGUUGUUAUUGUUAAGUAACAAUAAUUUAACAUCAAUAAAGCGAAAUAUUUUUA